GUAUGCACAUUUAUGACAGAAAAGGCUUGUGGUCUUUGUAAACAAUAUGAAGGCAAGGAUGGCUUUUUUAGCCCAUUAAAAGAUCCCAGACAUAAGCUGACUUCUGUGGUCUUCGUCGAGCUGAUCACCACAGAGCUGUGGACAGUACUUUGUUUAACAACAAGAACACCCUGACCCUGCAGGGUCGAAAGCGAGCUUAUGUCCGCGAUUUCUCAGCGGCCUAAGAAAGCCUCACGCCCCGUUGCCUUCGGAGAGUUCGCUGGGCACUGAAAUGUAUCGGCUCCGAUUUCUUCAACGGAUCCACAAGCUCCUCCUCAGCCCGGACGACGGGAUCCAGGCUCCGCGCGGCUUCCGCAGAGGGCGCUGAGACACUCCCCCGACCCCAUGGGAGAAAAGGGCCGGUUCAACGCAAACGUACGGCGCUCCCGAUCUCGGGGGCGAGGCUUCAAAAGAUGGAGAAGUGGGGUUUGAAGUAAAAGGAGAAGAAGCCGAGAACUUUCCCUCUCGCGGCGGCCGUCGCUCGGGCCCCUUUCACUUUUCCUUUCCCGCGCAACCGGCGGUCCAGGUGGGAUAAUAUGCAAAAAGUAUAUUGAUGUGCCUUGCUUGAAACUGCUGCCCUUCUUUAAGUGUCCUAAAGAUGAUUUUGGAAAGUCCAGCCUCUUACUGUCAUCACAAUGGCUAAUAAUGUGGAGAUUAUACAGCAGAUGCCUAGAGCAGACAGUCCACCGUCCUUCAUUAGCCUCCUGAAAAUCCAUAGAGAACUGCUAGUCGGCAGAGUCCGUAAUACCCAGUGUUUGAUUGACAACUUGCUGAAGAAUGAAUAUUUCUCAACUGAAGAUGCAGAGAUUGCGGCGCAGUAUCCGACCCAAGCCGACAAGGUCCGCAAGAUUUUGGAUCUAGCCCAGAGCAAAGGGGAGGAAGUUGCAGAGUAUUGUAUCUAUGUCCUGCAGCAGGUUUCUGAUGCUUACUAUGAGCUACGUCCAUGGCUUGAAGAUAUCCAGUUUUGCCCUUCGGAGGUCAUUAGUACUAAACCUGUGGAAAAUACUGACCCAGUCAGCAGGUAUCAUCAGAAACUUAAAGAUGAACUGGGCCGAGAAACAAAAUUUGUUAUGUCAUAUGCCCAGAAAGAAGACAUGUUGCUUGAAGACGUUUAUUCUGCUAACAUUAUGGAGUUUAUCAAGCACAACAAUGAGAAGCUUGGUAAUGUGAAUGACCUGGAAGAGCUACUGAGUGAUGAUAUUGGUCUAAUCAAUGAAGCUGGGGAGACAGUAUACAUAUUUGGUGAUGCAGGAAUUGGGAAAUCUAUUCUAUUGCAAAAGAUGCAAAACCUGUGGUCGAAAGGUGGGUUCGACAUUGGGGUCAAAUUUUUUUUCCGUUUCCGAUGCAGGAUGUUCAGCUGUUUUAAGCAAGAUGAAGCUAUCUGUUUGAAAGAUCUCCUGUUCAAGUACAACUGUUUUCCUGACCAUGACCCAGAAGAGGUCUUUGACUUUAUUGUGAAAUUCCCUCAUACAGUUCUAUUCACGUUUGAUGGCUUUGAUGAGAUCCACUCUGACUUUGAUCUCAACAGCAUCCCGGAGAUCUGCUCCCCCAAUGAAUUUGUCCACCCACUGGCUCUCCUGGUUGGCCUCCUCAAUGGAAAACUUCUGAAGGGAUCUCGGAAAGUCCUGACAGCAAGGACAGGGUCAGAAAUUGACAAAAAUAUUGUCAGGAAAAAGGUGCAUCUCUUAGGGUUUUCCAGCAAUAAUCUGAAAGAAUAUACCAAAAUAUUCUUCAAAGAUGAAGGGUGCCGGACUUUGGUUCUCAACCAACUGGAAGCCAACCCAAAUCUGUGCAGCUUAUGCUCAGUGCCUUUAUUUUGCUGGAUUGUUUUCAAAUGCUUUGAUCAUUUCCACUCCGCAUUUGACAGCCAGGAGCUCCCAGAUAUCACAGUCACUUUAACAGACAUCUUCUUACUCAUGACUGAAGUUCACUUGAACCGGGCUCAGAAGACAAACUUGCUGCGGAAGAAUACUAGGAGUCAACUGGAGACAUAUAGGACCAGCAAGGAUACUUUGUGUGCACUGAGCAAACUAGCACAGAGGGGGAUGCAGAAGUCUCUGUUUGUGUUUGAGCAAGAUGAAGUUCUCACUGACCUCUCUGAGCAGGAUUUACAGUUGGGCUUCCUUAGGGCAGUUCCUGACUAUGAAGGCUGUGAAUAUCAAUCCUCGUAUGAAUUCCUGCAUGUGACUUUACAGUCCUUUUUCACUGCUUUGUUCCUGGUCACUGAGGAGAAAGUAGGUGCAAAGGAAUUGCUUCACUUCUUUGAGGAAUGCUCCACUCUUGACACACCACUGUCAUCGUGCUUGCCAAUUGCCUGGCUGAAGAAGCAGCGCCCAAGAGGACAAGACCCUUUCCAGAACAAUGAGCACUUCCACUUUACCAACCUCUUCCUCUGUGGCUUGCUCUCCAAGGAAAAGCACAAGCUCAUGAAGCAACUGGUUUCAUCAGCCUCCCUUAAGAGGAAAAGGAAGGUGCUCUUCACCUAUUUCUUUGAAAUCAUGAAGUCCCACCUCAAGGGCCUCACUCGGGCAAAGCAAAAAGAAUACAAGCAGAUUCAAGUGAUGCCUAAUUUUGUUUGGAUGCUGAGGUGCAUCCAUGAGACCCAGAGUGAAAAAAUUGGCAAGGGGGUUGCCAAGGGCAUGCGGGCCACCUACAUCAAGCUGACCUAUUGCAAUGUCUGCUCUGCAGACUGUGGAGCCAUCUCCUUCAUCAUGCACCAUUUCCAGAAACGGCUGGCCAUUGAGCUGGACAACAACAACAUCAAUGAUUAUGGAAUAAAGCAGCUGCUGCCUUGUUUUAGCAAGCUAGCAGUACUGAGAGUAAGUGCGAACCAGAUCACAGAUCAAGGCAUAAGAGUGCUGUAUGAAGAACUCUCCAAAUAUAAAAUUGUGACUCAUUUGGGGUUGUAUAACAACCAGAUUACUGACAUUGGAGCCAAAUAUGUUGCAAGGCUCAUUGAAGAAUGUCCAAGCCUCAUAUAUAUUAAGUAUGUAUCCCUCCCUUCUCUCUAGUUCCUUAUCAAGUUU